GAUUCGACAAGCAAAGCGGUUACGAUACAUAUGACGUUUGCGGUUGAGUAAGCAGCAACAGCAACUGUAAUUUGUCCUUUUGUUUGUUUGCUUGGAUCAGAUUCAAAAAAUCUUAAACGGAGAAAAGAGAAAAAUGGCGAAUGCUUCACCACCUGGAAUCGCCAUUCUCGGAGCUGGGAUCUUCGUCAAGACGCAGUACAUUCCUCGCUUGGCUGAGAUCUCCGAUCUCGUCAACCUCAAAGCCAUUUGGAGCCGUUCUGAGGAAUCUGCGAAAGGAGCUGUGGAGGUAGCGCGGAAGCAUUUUCCUGGAGUGGAGUGCAAAUGGGGAGAUGAAGGUUUGAAUGAGAUCAUUCAAGAUAGUUCCAUUCUUGGUGUUGCUGUUGUCAUUGCUGGCCAAACCCAGGUUGAAAUGUCUCUGAAGAUGCUCAAAGUAGGAAAGCACGUCCUUCAAGAGAAGCCAGCUGCUGCUUCAAUCGGUGAGAUUGAAACUGCAAUGACCAGCUAUAAAAAUAUUUCUACUGAUUCCCCAUGCCGUCCAAUCUGGGCUGUGGCUGAAAAUUAUCGUUUUGAACCAGCUUUUGUUGAGUUGAAGAAACUUGUGGAAGAAAUUGGGGAUAUGAUGAACGUCCAACUUAUUAUCGAGGGAUCAAUGAACAGUUCCAAUCCUUACUUCUCAAGCUCCUGGAGACGAAACUUGGACGGUGGUUUCAUCUUGGAUAUGGGUGUGCAUUACAUUGCUGGGUUAAGAAUGCUUGUUGGAUGUGAGGUAACAUCAGUCUCAGCCACCACCUCCCAUGUUGAUAAGACUUUACCUGCACCAGACAACAUUACAUCAAACUUUCAGCUAGAGAACGGGUGCUCUGGAGUCUUUGUGAUGGUCGUCUCUUCAAGGUCUCCAAAGAUAUUAUGGAGAGUCGUAGGAUUAAAGGGCACUGUUCAACUUGAGCGUGGAGUUCAAGAUGGCCGACAUGGUUACAUGGCCACAGUUUACGGGGAAGGAGGGACAUCGAGGACCAUCUUUUACCCGUUCAGUGGAGUGACUGAAGAGCUAAAAGCAUUCUUCAAUGACAUCUCAGGAGCUUCAAAGGAGCAAGAGCCUCGUCUAUCAUACGUGGAAGGUGCUCGGGACGUUGCUGUUCUUGAAGCAAUGCUUGAGUCUGGUGCAAGGAACGGAGCUGUUAUUCCCGUUAAAAAGUUCUAGCUUUGAAGCUCGGACAAGUAUUGUGAAGACAUCAAGAACCACCAAAGAAGCAUUGUCUGAAUAAAGUCUCAUGGGGAUUCAAAUUCAAACCGAAACUAUUUUGUAACCAAUCCUUUAAUAUCCCGAUCAUUAUUAUGCACUGAAGCUUAUUAAACAACUACACGACGCAUUGAUGAAAUUAAUUUUCAUGGGAAUUCAAAGCAAUCCUUUUAUUA